CAUAUCACAGAACAAGAAUACCAAGAGAGAAAUAAACGUCUAUGGUCUAUUUGGUUACAAGCAUACAAAGUACGUUUAAAAAUAGAUUUCGAAGGGAAUCAUGAUAAUACCAAAACACAAUUCUCUGAACGUUUAAAUUUAAUGCAGUCUGUAAAUCCUCGAGUAGUUCUACGUAAUUAUCUUGCCGAAGAAGCUAUUAAAUCAGCUGAUAAAGGAGAUUAUACAGUUGCACAACAAUUAUUCAACUCAUUGACCACACCUUUUAAAAAUCCUGAUAUGUCUUUGAAUAACGAG